AUGAUUCAUUCUCAACGGUUUAUGUAUUGUCUGAGGCUCGAACUCGAUAUUUCUGUGGUUACUACGGGACGAAUUGGUAUCGUUGAUGGGGACCUCAGUAUUGGUAGGAGAGAUCUCGAGGCGGAUACUACGAUACCAGAGAAAGCUCUUUGGUUAGAUCAUGGAAUUGGCUGGGACCCUCAGGGACUUGGGAUGAUUCCGAACACUCUCGUACGAAUGUCAGUUUACGAACAUCAAGAUAAUUGA